AAAGAAAGAAAAUGUCAGCGGUUGCAUCUUUAAGUAGUAGUGAAGAGGUGAUCACCUCCAGACGCACAGAAUCGCUCGAUGCUCAUGAAAUUAGCAAACUGAUCACUCCUUCAACCACAGGAAUGUUUGGAAGAAUUAAUGUACUUUACUUGCUGGAAAAAUCAAAUCUAGCAGUAUCCCUUGAAAAUGAGAAUAAGGAGAUCGUUGCCCAUGCUGCAUUUCUCGAUUAUCCCAAUCACAGUCUCACUGACCCUGCUGAGUGGGUCCCUUGGAUUCAAAGUAAUUACAAAAGUAAUGAAUACACUCCCUUGAACACUCUGUUCAUGCACUUAUUUGUGGCACAAGCUGAUUAUGCUUUAGAAGGUGCUAAAGAAAUCAUCAGAACCGUUUUCAAUGCUGUCCCAGAACUACAUUAUAUAUUUCUUUUCAUUCCAAGUACUGUUUCUUUAGAGCCAUCACUGGAAGCUGUGUUUGAGCCUGUCCUAGAUCCAGAAACAGUGUGUCAAUACACUGCUUUUAUUGCUCAUCGCCAUCUGCAUUUCCCAGUACUUCGGGUCCGUAAGGCGAGGGUUGAAGACCAUGAUGAUCUCAUUCCUUUGUUCACACAGCAUAACAGUGAUCUUUCGGCUAUGUAUGGAGAUUACUUUCUUGCAGAGCUGAUUGAAGCACAGAAUGAACAAAACCAUGCUGUUGUGUGUGAGGUACGAGGUAAAGCAGUGGGAUUUAUGAGCGUCUGCAGUGAUGUCAAUGUAGAAAUGCUGAAUCAAUGCUUCAACUUAAAACCAUUUCAUGGACUGUAUGUGCCUGACCCUGCAGAUAUACUGGAACCACCACCUGAAUUGGAGGCUGAAUCAGCAAAAAAACAGCAUAGCACGGUUCCACAAAGUCCUGAAGCUGGACUAUCACAAGAGAAAGAAUGCAACAAUGAGGCAGAAAGUGACAAAAAGAAGGAAGCCAUCAUAACACCUGAUGCUGAUAUUCCAGCAAAGGGUGACACUACCCAUAAUUUGAAAUACUCAUCUGGAAUCUGCAUGGAGGAAGCUGAAAAGAAAAUCUUCCAUCCAGUCUACAAGGGUUCUUCAGAUGCAUUUUGCAUUCAGUUGUUUGUUAUUGAUGAAAAAUAUGAAAUGAGGUCACAGGAUUUUUUACCAUUUGUAUUUAAACUAUUCCCGAAUCGGGAUUUUUGUGUAAUAACAGUACCAAACAUGGUUCCAGAAUUUCCUCUGCUUCAGUCAUUUGCCAGAGUCAUUCCAUAUCAUUCUAGCACUCUUCCUCAAGACCUUUAUGUUUUCCAUCGAUCUGGGCUGAUCAGCCCAUUUAUUAUAAGAAAAGCAAAAUCCAUAGAUAAACCUGGAGUGGAAUGCCUGAUUAGUAAACUCAGACUGAACAAGUCUAUAUUAGAGAAUCUUAACAUCUUUAAUGAAGCUCGAAGACAUCUAGAGGGAACUCCAGUGCAGGCAUUUGUUGCUGAAGUCAUGGAUCAAAUUGUGGGUAUUGGAAUAAUUAAAAAUGAAGAGGAUAUAAAUUAUAUUCGUUCACAUUAUAAUAUUGAGGAUUUCAUCUACUUUAGCUAUCAUACUCAAGAGGAGCAUGGAAGGCUUCUGCAUUUUGCAUUGAACCCUAUUUUUCAUCAUCAUCGUAAGCAUUUCCUUAAAGAGAUUCUGAGGCUUUCAUACAAAUCAUGUAUCUACCAUACAGUAAACCAUCAACAAGAACAGGAUAAGAAUGCCUAUGCCCAUUCGCUGACAUCUGCCCUUAAUUGUAUGGUUCCUGUGUGUGCAAGACGACAGAUUGUCUAUCCUCUUGAAGAACUUGGCAUCAAUGCUCCAUCCAGGCAGGUCUCCAAGGAUCAGGUGACAUAUGCAUUGUACCAUUUCAACAGAAAAUUAACCUUUGAGCCAAAAGUAACAAUUAACGCGAGAAUUGUUAUUGUGGGAGCUUCGGAUACUGGAAUUGCUUGUCUGGAGAAGCUCAUUUUUCGGGCACACCUGAAGUUUAAUAACAUUACCUUGAUUUCAACUCAUGGAAUCCCAACUUCGGACAACUGUGAUCUUCAUAUGUUUUUGGCAAGCAGCCACUGCUACAAUGAUAAGGACUAUGCCUUGCUGUCACCGCAGUCCUGGGUUAACGUGGUGAUAGGAAAGAUGAAGCGGAUAGAUAGGGCUGCCAAACAUGUGGUGCUGUCCGAAGGCAGGAAGGUUCCCUAUGAUCACCUCAUACUUUGCACUGGAGAACAGUACCAAGUCUGUAAUCCAACUGGAGUUGACAUUAACAAACUGUUAACCAACAGAGAGCUGUCUGUUAAUCUGAAUCAGAUAUAUACUGGUCAAGUGCCAUCUAAUCUCUUUACAAUAAAGGAUAAGGAAGACUGCCUGAAUGCAUACAUCUGGCUUCAAGACAACUUCACUGACAGAGAAGGGAAUGUUAUAGUUUACGGAAACACACUUGAUGCUUAUACCACUGUUGAAGCCCUCCUUUCACUUGGAGUAAUGGGCUCUCGUAUCCAUCUAGUAGAGCCACCUUUGGAAACAAAUGUAACUUGCUUCAACAACUUCACAGUGGAGAGUGCUGUUGAUGAAGCCUUAAAAAAAUCUGCCGUGACUGUCUAUAAAAAUGGCAUACUGGCACAGUGGAAUGAUGGAAACAAUCCAGAACCUAUCAUGUCAGCUUCUUUCACUACAGAUACAAAGCCUUUCAAGCUUCCAUGUUCAGUUUUCAUUAAUUUUUACAAGAAAAAAGUUGCUUAUGAAACAUUCAAAGCUAUAAAUGAUGCCUGCUUGGUGUAUGAUGGCAAGCUUGUGAUUGAUUCCAAUUUCCACACCAAUGAUCCAGCAAUCCGAGCUGCUGGUCCGUUAACAAAGUUUGCACAGCGCUAUCAUGCAGAUGGUUGGUCUCACAGCAUUUUUAACUCUAAAGAGGUUGGAUACCAACUGGCAACCAUACUGCUUCCUUUUUUCGAUCCCACUCUACCAGUUGAAGACCCACCAGAAGAUCCAGAGAGACUUAUCCCUAUGUAUCCAGUCCCAAAGAUCCAAGGAUGCAAACUUCCUGGUGGCUAUUACUACCUCCAUGUGGCAAAGCCUGGACUUUCCACACCUCUGGCAGCACAGAUGUCUCAUGCAAAAUAUGGAACAGAAAUCAUUACAGGAAGUGCCCAAACUGGAAAUUACUUCAGACUUCACCUUAAUCAAUACAGCAUGGUAGAAACUAUUACUUGUUUGUCUACAGAACCUUUUCCAUCUUCAAAUUACAUUUGCCUAUAUGGACAAAAUGAACAGCUUCUCAACAGAUUGUGUGAUCGUCUUGAAGAUGGACUGAUAACAGAUUUAUACAGCUACUUCAAGGAACCAUGGUGUCUGGCCAUAUAUCAUGAUCGCUUUAAUGAUUUCAAAAGUGAAGUACACCAGAUCAUGUCAGCUCGACAGAUGGAAGACUCCCCAUCGGUUACAGAACUGAUACAACAAGUAAUGGAAGAGGAACACAACCUAUCAAGUGAACCCAAAGAAUUCAUCAGGAUGAAGGCUUUGAAAUGUGGCUUUAAACGUCCUGUGGAAAAAUGUGUCCUAAAUUAUCUGAAGUAUAAUAGCUACCAUCUGUCAAUGUAUGCCCUACCUGGGCUUAUCUAGCCAUGCCAGGUUCUGCACACUAGAAGAUGCAUGGAGACUACCUUUACAAUGGCAGUGUUGCAUUAGUUCAGCUUAGUACAAUUUUGAAAAAGCAAUCAAAAAAAUGAUGUUGCCUUUUGAUCAUUGUACUUUUUCUCUGUAACGUGUUCACUAUUAUAGCAAAUGCUUUCUAUUUUUUUAUUGUACAAGAUCUGUAUGGGAAGAAGUAGAAAACUGGAGUAUCAUGGGAAGCCAACAGAUUGUUUUUACAUAUAUUUGUAAUAAUUCAGCAACUUCCACUAGAUAGAUAGAUAGAUAGAUAGAUAGAUAGAUAGAUAGAUAGAUAGAUAGAUAGAUAGAUAGAUAGAUAGAUAGAUAGAUAGAUAGAUAGGAUCCACAAGUAUAAACCAAGUCUAUGUAUAUGUAUAUUCAUACACACAGACACAUACAGCAUGUAACAAAACUGCAAGUGUCAAAUAAGCGCUGAAGUUCUGGAUUUACAGGCAACCUCAAACAAAUUAUAUCCCAUUCUUUCUUAACAGCAUACCACAGACAGACUAAGGGUAAACAUGGAUGGCUUUAAAGUUUUAUUUGUGCUACUUUCUUCCACUUACAGUAAAUUGUGUUUAUUUGUAAAAUACAUCAUUAUUUUCAUUGUUAUACAUAACAUUAAUAAAGUGAUACGACUACU